UUUUUCUCUUCCACUUUAUACGUACAAUUCAUGUAAUGACAAUAGUAACCUCAAAACCACGAGGGAACCCACCAUCACCAUGACCUGUUCUCAUAAAGCAAUAAUACAUCAACAUAGCUUUGACUGUGAUCCUUAAUUGUGUCCGAUUAUUUCAAAUCGUGUUUCCCAUUUUCCAUUUUUAACCUCUGUCAUCUUUCAUGUUCUCUCUCUGCAAACCCCAACCUCUCCUCCCUUUCCUUAUCCUUCAUCAUUCCAUCAUCGAUCUAUCAUCCAUCCGUCCAUUCACUCAUCCAUCCUUCAUCCAUCCACUCGUCCCUCCAUCUGUCCAUCGGCCCCCAGUCGGUGUCAGAGGCGCUGUGAGGCCGGUGUCCGGCCCCCCUAGUCCCGCCCUUCACGCCCGGCCUCCCCUCCCCAUCACCCCCUGCCCCUCCCCUCGCCGCUCUAGACACGCCCUCUCAUCCGUCCAACCGGCAGCCCCGCCUACCGGAGGCCCCGCCCCUCAGCCCUCUCCCCGCUCCAAACACAAACCGCCCGCCGCGUCCGCCCCGCCCGCCGACGCCUCUCCUGCUUCUGGCCCCGCCUCCUCUACCGCGUCCAACCGCCUGUCCACGUUGUGCUCUGACGUCACGGCGGCCCUGGCAGCAGCUCCCCUGGCGUCGGCGGCGUCCUCUCUCUCCUUCCCCUCCACCGCGCCCCCACCCUCCCCCACGUCUCCGUCUCCCAAGACCUCCACGGUGGCAGCGCCCUGCUUACCCCAACCGACCGCGGCCCAUCAGGGCAACGCCCCCCCGUCCACCGGGACGGCGCCCCCCCCGGCGGCUUCAGCAACCGGCCCUCACCACCUCCCUGGCUACAGACCGCCUUCCUCCUCCACCUCCACCUCCACCUCUGGCCCCCAGCUCUGGGCCCCUCCCCCUGGACCUGCCGUCCCCCCACCUCCCCGUCCGACCUCCACCCCUCAGCCCCCGCCUCCUCUGUCGUCCCUCUCCCGCCCAAAAGCCCCCCAGUCCUCUGAGAUAGCCUCAGCACCCCCCCUCAGCAGGUCUCUCUCCCAGCCUCCCUCCCUGCCCAGCAUCUUCCAGCCCAGCCCAGGGACAGCCUCAGUACCUUCCCAGCAGUGCCCCCGUGAGGUGCAAAGCGGAAGUGCAGUGGAACAAAUCUCUGUUCAUGCUCAUGUCUUCCGACCUCAUGUUGUGCGGACGGUGGCUCGCCCCUCCUCUCCCUCCCCUUAUAACACAAACACCCCUCCGCCUGAGAGGACAGGGACAAACAGGGCCGCGGCUGUUCAGAACAAGCCGAGCUCAGGGCCAGGAGGUCAGGAGGCGUGGCCUGGAUCCGACACCACAGUCCCCCCCGCUACUCUUUCUCUGAUUGGCGGCGAGAUCCACCCUAUCCCCCUCCUGUCCAGCCCCGACCUCGACGCCCUGUGUGACCCGGAAGCCCCGCCUCUUUCCGCCUCCCUGCCCCCUCGCACAACCUCUCGCUCCACUUCCCUACUUGGCUCCUCCCCUUUCAGUCUUACUUCCUCUCAGCUUCCUGUGUCUGCCCCUGCUCCUCCUACUGCUGCACCUCCCCUGAGGUCCUGGCAGCCAGGAUGGGCCCCCCCGUCAACCCAAGUGGAUAAGAACACGAACCCGUUCGCCAUGGAAGCGACCCGCGCUGGCCCGGACCCCAGGGAGUCGGAGCCUCAGCGCACCAAGGCCGACACGAGGGCGGCGAACCAGAGCGUCACGCAGGCCCUGCAGCCCUCACAGACCAUAGUGGAGGAGGACGAGGAGGACCCAAAGACCAGCAGUUCUGGCCAAGUCGUUUCCGAGCUGAUUGUAGCCCCGCCCCCUCCCUGGCCAUUCGCCAGCACCGAGAGCUCCACCCCUCAGCAGCCCUCCACCAAUGUGCUGGCAGCUUUUAUUACACCCAAAAAAAACAAAGAACAGGCUGCCUCCAAAAAGCACAACCAUAAGCCAUCUGAAUAUUCAAAGCCGCCAUUGGCUGAGCCAGAAGCAGACUUUGAUGACAUCAUGUUGGACUCUUUAACCCGGAGUGGGCCGUCAGGAGGCUUGUUCCUGGAAGAGGAGGGCUCUAAACGAGACACGGUCAAAAGGUGUCCUCCAGGUACGAAGCUGAAGGCCGCUGAAGGCCAUCCUCCCUCGGAGACUCACGCCUCACAGGAGGAGAGGAGGAGGAUGCAGGAAGUGCAGAAAAAGAAAGAAGAGGAAGAAAGGUUGAAAAAACAGAAGGAGGAAGACAGACAGAGGGCAAGGGAGCAGGAGGAGACGGAAAUGGAGGAGGAGAAGAAGAGGAGAACUCUGGAGGAGGAGGAGAGGAGAGCUCUGGAGGGGGCGGAGGAGAGGAGAGCUCUGGAGGAGGCGGAGGAGAGGAGAGCUCUGGAGGAGAAGAGGAGAGUCCUAAAAGAGGAGGAGAAGAAGAGAGCUCUAGAGGAAGAGAAGAAGAGAGCUCUAGAGGAAGAGAAGAAGAGAGCUCUAGAGGAAGAGAAGAGGAGAGCUCUAGAGGAAGAGAAGAAGAGAGCUCUAGAGGCAGAGAAGAGGAGAGCUCUAGAGGAGGAGAAGAAGAGAGCUCUAGAGGAAGAGAAGAAGAGAGCUCUAGAGGAAGAGAAGAAGAGAGCUCUAGAGGAAGAGAAGAGGAGAGCUCUAGAGGAAGAGAAGAAGAGAGCUCUAGAGGAAGAGAAGAGGAGAGCUCUAGAGGAGGAGAAGAGGAGAGCUCUAGAGGAGGAGAAGAGGAGAGCUCUAGAGGAGGAGAAGAGGAGAGCCCUGGAGGUGGAGAAGAAGAGAGCUCUAGAUGAAGAGAAGAAGAGGAGGGCACUGGAGGAGGAGGAGAAGAAGAGAGCUCUAGAGGAGGAGAAGAAUAGAGCUCUAGAGGAGGAGAAGAAGAGAGCUCUAGAGGAGGAGAAGAAGAGAGCUCUAGAGGAGGAGAAGAGGAGGGCUCUAGAUGAAGAGAAGAAGAGGAGGGCACUGGAGGAGGAGAAGAAGAAGAGAGCUCUAGAGGAAGAGAAGAGGAGAGUCCUAAAAGAGGAGGAGAAGAAGAGAGCUCUAGAGGAAGAGAAGAAGAGAGCUCUAGAGGAAGAGAAGAGGAUAGCUCUAGAGGAGGAGAAGAGGAGAGCUCUAGAGGAAGAGAAGAGGAGGGCUCUAGAGGAGGAGAAGAAGAGGAGAGCUCUGGAGGAGGUGGAGAAGAAGAGAGCUCUAGAUGAAGAGAAGAAGAGGAGAGCUCUGGAGGAGGAGGAGAAGAAGAGAGCUCUAGAAGAGGAGAAGAAGAAAGCUCUAGAGGAGGAGAAGAAGAGAGCUCUAGAGGAAGAGAAGAAGAAGAGAGCUCUGGAGGAGGAGAAGAAGAGGAGAGCUCUAGAGGAAGAGGAGAAGAGGAAAGCACUGGAGGAGGAGAAGAAGAGAGCUCUAAUGGAGGAGGAGAAGAUGAGAGAAUUGGAGGAGGAGAAAAGGAGACUGCGGGCAGAGGAGGACCGGGAGCGGAGUGAGAUGGAGAGAAGGAGGAAGGAGGAGGAAAGGCUCCUUCAGGAAAAACAGGAGAAACAGAGAUUGAAGCAAAUGGAGGAAAAGAAGAGGAGGGAGGAGGAGGCAGCGAGGAGGAAGAGGGAUGAGGAGAGGAUCCUCCUAGAGAAGAAGGAGCAGGAAGAGUGCAAGAGAGAGAAGGAGAGGAGAGUGGAAAAGGACAGAUUGCUGAAAGAGAUGAAGGCUGAAGAGGAGGAGGGGAAAAGGAGAGAGCAGGAGAAAAAAAAGCGGCUCCUGGAAGUAGAGGAGGAGAGGAAGAGGAUGGAGGAGAAACGCUUAAAAGAGGAAAAGGAAAAGGAAGAGAUGAGAGGAAGAGAAGAGAAACAGCGUCUCAAAGAGGAGCAGCGAAAACAGGAGCUGGAGAGGCUUCUGAAAGAGGAGAAAGAAAUGGAGGAGAAAAGGAAAAGGGAGGGAGAGGAGAGAAUUAGUAUAGCAAAAGAGGAGGAAGAACAGCAGAGACUGCUAAAGGAAGAGGAGACAAGAACAAGACAAAAGGAAGAGAAGAUGAGAUUGGAGAAGCAGCGUGUGGAGGAGGAGAGAAAAAGGAGAGAGGAGGAGAUAAAAAAGAGGAUCUUGAAGUCAGAGGAGACGAGAAAAAGGAGAGAGGAGGAGACAAAAAAGAGGCUUGUGGAGGCGGAGGAGGACAGGAAAAGGAUGGAGGAGAAACGCUUGAAAGAAUUAACGGAAAAGGAAGAGCGAAAACAAGAGAGAGAGAGGCUCUUGAAAGAGGAGAAAGAAAGGGAGGAGCAGGAAAGGAAACAGAGAGAGGAGGAGAGAAGAGCGCAAGAGGAGGAGAAGCAGAGACUCCUAAAGGAAGGAGAGAGGAGGAAGAGAGAGGAGGAGGAGAAGCAGAGACUCCUAAAGGAAGCAGAGAGGAUGAAGAGAGAGGAGGAGGAGAAGCAGAGACUCCUAAAGGAAGCAGAGAGGAUGAAGAGAGAGGAGGAGGAGAAGCAGAGACUCCUAAAGGAAGAAGAGAGGAUGAAGAGAGAGGAGAAGGAGAGACUCCUAAAGGAAGCAGAGAGGAUGAAGAGAGAGGAGGAGGAGGAGAAGCAGAGACUCCUAAAGGAAGAAGAGAGGAUGAAGAGAGAGGAGAAGGAGAAGCAGAGACUCCUAAAGGAAGCAGAGAGGAGGAAGAGAGAGGAGGAGGAGAAGGAGAGACUCCUAAAGGAAGAAGAGAGGAUGAAGAGAGAGGAGAAGGAGAGACUCCUAAAGGAAGCAGAGAGGAGGAAGAGAGAGGAGGAGGAGAAGCAGAGACUCCUAAAGGAAGAAGAGAGGAUAAAGAGAGAGGAGAAGGAGAGACUCCUAAAGGAAGCAGAGAGGAGGAAGAGAGAGGAGGAGGAGAAGCAGAGACUCCUAAAGGAAGCAGAGAGGAUGAAGAGGGAGGAGGAGGAGAAGGAGAGACUCCUAAAGGAAGAAGAGAGGAUGAAGAGAGAGGAGAAGGAGAGACUCCUGAAGGAAGCAGAGAGGAGGAAGAGAGAGGAGGAGGAGAAGGAGAGACUCCUAAAGGAAGCAGAGAGGAUGAAGAGAGAGGAGGAGGAGAAGGAGAGACUCCUAAAGGAAGCAGAGAUGAUGAAGAGAGAGGAGGAGGAGAAGGAGAGACUCCUAAAGGAAGCAGAGAGGAGGAAGAGAGAGGAGGAGGAGAAACUCCUAAAGGAAGCAGAGAGGAGGAAGAGAGAGGAGGAGGAGAAGCAGAGACUCCUAAAGGAAGCAGAGAGGAUGAAGAGAGAGGUGGAGGAGAAGGAGAGACUCCUAAAGGAAGCAGAGAGGAUGAAGAGAGAGGAGGAGGCGAAGAGAGUAGAGAAGCGACGCAUCGAGGAGGAGAGGAAACGGCUAGAGCUGAAAGAAAGAGAGCGAAUUGCAACAGAGGAGAAACUUCUAGCAGAGCAGAGGGAGAAGGAAGCGAGACAGGUGGAGGAGAGACAACAAGUGAAAGAGGCAAAGGAGAGGGAGGAUCGAAAAGCCAGGGAAGAGAGUAAAAUGAAAGAAGAGGAACAAGAGAAAAAGAGAAUGGCUGAGGAGGAAAGGAAGAAGGAAGAGGCAGAGAAGAGGAUCAGACAGGAGCAUCAGGAGAAGGGGAGGAGACAGAGGGAUGAAGAUGAGGAGAGUAAGAAUCCUCCUGCUCCAUUGUCCAGGGUGGCGAUCAACAGAUCAGAUGAAGAGAAGGAGAAGAUGAGAAUGAUAGCUGGAUCCAAGUCUACUCCUGGCAUCUCAAAAAUCCCUAACACCAAUACCCAACAGGCUGAGGACAAAACCUCCAAUCUGCUUCCUGAAGCCAGACCGGUCUGGGCUGGAAUGGACGCCCACGAACGUCCGGGGCCACUGAUGCAUGAAUCGAGAGGCUUGAUUGCCACUCCACCAAUCGAAGUGCUUGCUCACUGCAACCAAUUGGGCCCCACCAUUCAGCCCUCUGCUCACAACAAACCAAUUACGUUAGACGUGGUGUCCCUGGUCCCGCCCCCUGAGAAGUUUGUGGAAGCAGAGGAUCCUCUGUGGAACGCUCUAGAAGGGAGGGACGGUAUUACUCAGGAACACUCUAAACCCCUUGGCAGAGGCUCGCCGAAGGAAGACGCCACCCAAAGGGACAAAGUACAGGACCUUCAGCCAAUCACAGCGAAGGAGCCCGAUGCCAUCCCUUCCUCUGCUAAACCCUGCCCCCCGCCGGUCACAGAGCCCCCCAGGGGGCCCCAGGCCCCCCCGGCCAUCAAACCCUGCCCCCCAACCGCCGCUCCGCAGAACGAGACGCCGACGGACGGCGUCAUGGCGGACCCUCGGCCGUCCUCAGCCAAUCAGAAGCCUGCACCUGAAAAGGAGGGGCCUCUGUGGGCGGCCCUGGAGGAGGCGGGGGACUCCGGGGGGGGAGGGGGGAGAGAGGACGGGAGUGAUGCUGUUGACGGAGGCGUCGAUAAGUGUGUGAACAGAGAGGAGGUGUGUGAGGCAGGCCAGCAGCCUGAGGCGUCAGUAGGCCUCAUGUCUGCGGUAGUCAGGGUGUUUUACAGAGGCUUUGAGUCAGUGGCCUCCAUCCUCCACUCCCAUGACGCACGUCAGCCGUGCUCCUCUCCAGACGGGCCCCCGGCCCUCAGGGCCCCGGAGGGCCACGGCGUCGCCCUCUUAUCCAUUUCAGACCUUCCUAGUGUCUCUGAGACGGACACGAGUCCACUUUCUCUCCCUGAGGUGGACAUUAUGCCCCCGGCUGCUUUUGGGGACAUCAUAAAGGGACAACCAAUUGGUGGAGAGAAGCAACCCAAGGUUGAACUGUCGUUGGCUGUUAAUAGUACAGGGAAGUCACCCAAUCAGGGGAUGGAGACUUCUGGUCUGGUGGCCCGUCUGAGGCUGGCUGCCAGCGAGGCAGAGCGGGAGAGGGAGGAAAGGGAAAUAGAGGGGAGGAAAGAGAAGGAAGAAGAAGGAAAGGGAGAAGAGGGGGAGAGGGCAGUUUUCGGGACGAAAGAGAAAAUGCAAGAAACUGAACAGAGCCAGGGAUGGCUAGAAAUAGGAGGCAAAGAGAGGCAACAUAUGAAAGGAGGCCGAGAGGAAAGUCAGCAGGUGAGGAAAGAGGAGCAUGAUGAGGAUCAGACAAAGAGAGGAAGACACAGGGGGGAGGAGAGGGAGGGGGGAAGGGGGAAGUUGGAGAGACAGGGAAAUGAAGGGACAAUGUUUUCAUCUGUGUCUCUCAAGCACAACAGCCAAUCAGGUGCUUGUCCUCCACUUAAAGAGGUGGAGUUUGAGGAAAUAGCACAUGAGGAAAGGCUUGACACAGACAAAUCCAAAGACAGAUCUGGUCCCAAGUCAUUGACCAAGACUGAUCUGAAAGACACAGGUUCAGCUGGUAAGAGAGAUCAGGUCCCAGAGGAAGGCAAGCCCAAAGUUCAGCGGCCCGAUGGAGCCUCUCACGUCUCCGCGGAUGAAGCAUGCGAAGUCCCUCCUCCAAAACUGGCAAAAAGAGCGAAUUCAGCGCUGCAAGCCGUCCCCGUGUGGAUGAGAGAGGAGGACAGCGAGGAGCUGGAGUACGAGACGGGACAGGAGGACAUCGGCACCGUCUGGUCAGCUGAGCUGUACAUGGAGGGAGGGGGCGUGGCGGAUCUGUCCGUGACCCAGGCUGCACCAGGUGGUUCUGCCGGGCCUCCUCCCACGGUCAUCCCACAACCUCUGCUCCACGGCUCAGCUGUCAAUCAACCAAAGGCAUUCAGGGAAUCUGUCUCUUUGAAGAUUCAGGCUCUGCCGGCCAAUCGGUGCUCCCCGGCCGCGCCAGAACAGGAAGUAGGAGCUGGUCAGACACCGGGCGUCACCCACGGUAACGCUGACAAGCCACAGACGUUUGGACAGGAAGUAGGAGCUAGUCGGACACCGGUCAUCUCCCACGGUAACACUCAUAAGCCGCAGAGGUCGGGACAGGAGGUAGGAGCUGGUCGGACACCGGGCGGCUCACACGGUAACGCUGACAAGCCACAGACGUCGGGACAGGAAGUAAGAGCUGGUCGGACACCGGGCGUCUCCCACGGUAACGCUCACAAACUGCAGAAGUCGGGACAGGAAGUAGGAGCUGGUCGGACACCGGGCCUCUCCCACGGUAACGCUGACAAGCUGCGGAUGUCGGGACAGGAAGAUGGCAUAAUUCAAACGGGCGUGGUUUCCACUUCCGUUGAGUUGGUGGACACGCAGGCCGGUCCGAUGGGAAAGGACCUGGUCCCAUCGCCUGUAGUACCCUGGCCCCUCCCCUCAGAUACACAACCCACCGAGGAGAACGCCGGCUCAAAGGGUGCCAGGAUGGAAACGGAGACACCUGCCAACAAGGCAGAAGCGACUGACGUGUCUUACGAGACCAAACUUAUUACCCUUGAAGCAAAGGCUGACGGGAACCAAAUCCCUGAGGGGAGCCUUGAGGCCAAAGACCAGGCACUCCAGGAAGAAGAACAGCUCCUAUUGGCUAAGAUCCAGAAGAUGACAGCCAAAACAUCACCUUUCCCAGUGUCUCGAGGCAAAAAGCUCCUCAUACCCGACCUCAAAGAUAUCGACGGUGACAUCACAGACCCUGAGAGCCAAUCCCAAACCAGCACUGGCUCUGGAAGCUCCACUUUCGAAAAAGCUUUUGUCGACGAGCCGUCGCAUUUGAUUGGUUCAUGCUUCACCGUGCUUGAGGAAGUUUCAUUGGCUGAUGCUAGAGAGGUAGGGAUCCCAGAACUAAGAGAGGCAGUCCGAGAAGAUAAGGAGGCAUUGAACCGGGAAGAAAACAAACCAGUGCCCACCCAGCAGCCCCCCACCUUUCCAAACGGCAGAGCGAAGGCACCUGAGGAGCCAUGCGGGCUUCAGACUCGACCUAAGAACCUGCCCACCGGCGCUCCGGGAUCCAAUCGGGAGGGUUCCUUUCCCGGCGCUCCAGUUACCGGGGGGGGGUCAGCGAUGCGUGACCCAGACAGAACCUCUUCCGUUCCUCCUCCUCAAAGCGGAAUGAAGAGGGGCCCUUCCUCCCACGGGGAGUCACAGCAAGGCCCCGCUCAGCCUGGAGGACCGGUGGCAGUGGGGUCCGCCGCCAGGCCGGACCCUUCAGAGGGGCUGGUGAGCUCCAGUCAGUCUCUGCUAGAGUGGUGUCAAGAGAUGACCCAGGGCUACCGGGGGUUAAAGAUCACCAACUUCAGCACCUCCUGGAGGAACGGGUUGGCCUUCUGUGCCAUCCUGCAUCACUCCACCCAGAGAUGAUAGAAUUUAACCAGCUGCAACCCCAUGACAUAAAACUCAACAACAAAAAGGCGUUUGACGGGUUUGAAGGCCUGGGCGUGUCCCGUCUGCUGGAGCCCUCGGACAUGGUGCUGCUGUCGGUGCCGGACCGCCUCAUCGUCAUG